AUGAGUAUUUUCAAGAACAACAACAACUUAUUGAGAGGCCUGGAAGACGAAGAGGUAUUCUUUGUGAACGAUGACAAGUACGCCGAAUACGCCAAGGUGCAAGACUCGGAGGACGAGGAAGAUGGCUCUGAGUUUCCACUGUGGGCGGCCAUGUUGUCGCUAGCCGCUUUUGCCAUUCUGCUUACGGCAGUCGUCUUUUACAUUUCGUACAAGCAAGAAUGGUGCUGUGGCGUACACAACAAGAAAGAAGCAGAGGAUGUGGAAGAAGGAGAAACCAAGAAAAUUCCCACCAAGACAUUUCAGGAUUCCACUCGAUUUGAACGCCUUACUCCCAGUGUGGCCUUUCAGGAAGGUGAAGAAUAUUCCCAGACCAUCAAGUCCGAAGGCAGCGAUUCUCUCAAUAAUAUCGACGCUAGCAAGCAAAACGCAAGAGCUUCCAACACCACCGUCUCGUCCUCCACAUCCUCCAACUCCAAUCGAGCUUCCAACUCUAUUCGAGCUUCCACGGCGACGACUCGUAGUUCCAAUGUGGCCAGUAUCCGACAGUCGGUCAUUACGCCUCGAUGCGUACUUUGCAGCAAAAAGUACCAAAUUGGAGAACCCGUCACGCAUUCCAGCAAUCCAGAAUGUCAUCACGAAUAUCACGAAGCUUGCUUGACCAAACACUGGGCAAAAGCAAAAGGCGACAAAAAAGACAAGUGCCCCGUAUGCAAGGAAGUAUACGUCGUGGAAAGCUUGUCACCCUCCCAACACUUCUCCACACUCGAACUCAACAAACGACAAUCGGGAACCAGCAUGAGAGACUCCUCCAUGAAAGAAAUGGAACCAUUUGCAGAGUAG